AUAAAUUUUACAUCAUUCGAAAGUUCUCAGUGACAGGAACCCAAAAAUAUCACAUUGAUUGUAAUCAAAUUUUAAACAAUUGUCAAAACUACCAUUCAAAAAUCAUUUUAAAUGAUUCGAAGGCUCAAUCGUCGAGAGCGCGAUCAGUUUGUUUUGGUUGAUUCUCUUCUUCCAUCAAUGAAUUCUUCAUCGUCGUCGCAGCCUACUUGUCUCCGACUUUGAUCGCAUGCGGCUCAUUCCUCUCUCAGCUUUCGCGCACAUAUACUACAGCAGAACAUUUGCCGGUGAGCGGCUCAACACUGCUGCACGUGGUGUUUGAUAGUAUGCGCGGCAUAUUUUCAAACUACUGAAUAAAAAUGACGAUCGAUAAAAAUCUAAUUGAAAGAUAAUGGAUUAUGUUUAAGUUUGUGCCUAAAAAUGGUUUAUGAUGGAACCAUCAACAGUAUAGACAAUUUUUCAAGUAUUUUAAUACAUAACAUACAUAAACUUAGCCCGUGCAACAUAAUCAAGAUGUUAUAUCUUAAGACUAAACCACUGCACCAUGUGGAUACCCCCUUCGAGACGGCCACUUUCGGAAUGGGCUGCUACUGGGGCUGUGAUUCCCUGUUCGGGGCUACCAAGGGGGUUUUGAGAACCCGAGUUGGUUAUGCCGCUGGAACCACGGAGAAUCCGAGAAGCAAGCAUGUAGGUGAUCACGUCGAAGUGAUCGAGAUCCAUUUUGAUCCCAAGGAGAUCUCCUACAAGCAAUUGUUGGAGAUGUUUUGGAACAACCAUGAAUAUCGGGCAUCGGCGCGUUUGAAACGGGAGUACAUGAGCAUGAUAAUGUAUCACAGCGAGGAGCAUCGACAGCAGGCAGAAGCUAGCAAAGUCGAGCAACAAGCCAAGGAAGGAGAUGAAGUUGUUGUCACGGAAAUCGUUCCAGAAAGCCAUCUGUAUCCGGCAGCGAAUCAUAAUCAAAAAUAUCGGUUACAAGGACAUGAGGACCUGGCCAAGGGUCUAGAUUUGACGCCGGAGUUGUUGCAAACAUCCCACGUAGCUGCAAGGCUGAACGGAUAUUUGGUAGGAGUCGGUGGAUUGGACCAGUUCGAAGCGGAAGUCGGCAAGCUGGGAUUGACUGAGGAACAGGCUCAAUAUGUGCGCAAUUAUCUCAUCCAAAAUGAAGGAGGUGCUCUAUCUUGUUGAUCAAGAGUAAACAAUCAACGAUCUUUCAAGAAUGUGUGACAGCAAUUCGCUGCAUCGUGAUGCAGCAGUGAUAACAAACUGAUGUGGGGUAUCAUUUUAUGAAACAAUAAAUUGUUUUGGACACUGGAAAAUCGCUUCCUUUUUUUGUGCUUAUCAAAAACUUUCUGUUUUUGUUUGGGUUUCAAUGUAAACAA